AACAGUAUUCCCAGUGAAAGCUUGCUCACUAUGGCGAAUAACCUGACGCUGGCGGACAUCACGAGUGCAGCGGAAGUGUUGAAAGAGAGUCCAGAUGUGGUCCGGACGCCAUUACUACGCCAAGUGCAGGGCAUGUGGCCGACCAUCGACCAGACCACGGACCUCUACCUCAAACUGGAAAACAUGCAGACAACAGGGUCAUUCAAGAUCCGAGGCGUGACGAACCAGAUGGAGCAUCUGCCUUCGGAAGUGAAGGACGGCAGCACGUGCGCCGUGACGUUUUCCGCGGGAAACUACGGCAAGGCGUUCGCCCACUGCAUGAGCAGGAAAGGACUUAAGGGGCUGGUCCUCUUGCCGCACACAGCGCCGGAAGAUCGCGUGAAAAUGAUCCAGAGUUACGGGUUGGAGGCCCUGAAGGUGCCCUCGAGCGAGAUCGAGGAUCACGUUGCGGACCAUGUCGCGAAGGGCUACAUACUGCUACAUUCCUUCGAUGACAUCCAUCUCGUGCAGGGAUAUGGAAGUAUAGCGCUUGAGAUACUUGCCGAAGUACCUGACCCUGACAUUGUAGUAGUGUGCUGUGGCGGCGCGGGGCUUGUUGCAGGGGUGGCUGCGGGGAUCCGCCUCGCCGGAUGUGACAAAUGCCGUGUGUACGCAGUUGAACCCACCGGAGCACCAACACUUUUCGAAAGUUUCAAGGCUGGUUAUGCUGUGAAAAUUCCGUCGGUCAAGUCUGUAGCCACCGGUCUUAUGCCUCCGUCAACGGGUAAAGUACCGUAUAUGUUGUGCCAGAAGUACCUUGAGGAUGUUCUGCUGGUGACGGACGACGAGCUGCUCAUGGGCAUGCGGCACCUGUAUGACCGAGGCCUCAAGGUUGAGCCUGCUGGAGCCGCCGCCUUCACUGCCCUCCUACAAGCACGAAUCCCCGACACUUCAGGCAAGAAAGUGGUCAUCGUCGUUACCGGUGGGAAUAUCACGCCGCCGGAGCUCGCAAAGUUGAUAGGAUGAUAUCUGAACUCAUGAUCUUGUAUUGGGCAUUCACGCAGUAAUACUGCGUUUUUUCAGAUAGUUUAUUUACCACGUCAUAAUUAUGUUCACAUACUGGGGAAUAAUUUAGACUACCUCGAACGACUUUAUUAUU